AUGGAAGAUAAGGAAAAGGAUAGGAUAAAAAUAAUAAGAAGGGAAAGGGGGAGAGGCGGGAGCAUAGGUACGCUGGACGAUUUAUGGAAGAGAAAAAGGGAUGAAUUAGAAAAGAGUGGGGGGGAGGAGGGAGACAUUUUCAAGAAAAGCAGAUUAACGCAGAGAUCGCCAGGAAAGGAGGGAGGAAAGGUAGAAACAGAGCAAGAGGAAGGGAAGCAAGAGGAAAGCAACAGCGUAGAGGAAUAUUUCGAAAGAAUAAUGGAGAAGAUGAAAGAGAGCUUAAUCAAGGAGCAGGAGAAAAUGAUAGAAGGAAUAAUAAAAGAUAUAAGAAAAGAAUUUAGAGGAAUAAGGAAUGAAUGGAAGGAAGAAAAACAAGAACUAAUGAAAGAAAUGGAAAAGAUGAAAGAGAGGAUAGAAAAACUGGAGCAGGAAAGAGAAAGAGAAGAGAAAAGGAGGAAUGUGGUAAUGAGAGGAGUGGAAGUAAGAGAGGGUAAAAGAAGGGAGGCAGUGGAGGAAGUUAUGAAAAUAAUAGGAGCGAAGGCGGAGAUAAAGGAGGUAACGAGAAUAGGGGAGAAGAGGGAAGAAGGAAGAGAGAUGCUACUGGUGAAGCUAGAAAACGAGGAGCAAAAAUGGGAUGUUAUGGAGAAGAAGAGAAAUUUGAGAGGAAGGCUGGAAAGAAUCUCGGAGGAUUUAACAUGGAAGGAGAGGAAAAUCAAAUGGAAACUGGGAGAGAUAGCAAGAGGAGAAGAGGAAAAAGGCAGAAAGGCAUGGAUAAAAGGAGGGAGAAUAAGAAUAGAAGGGAAAUGGUGGAGGUGGGAUGAGGAGGAGGAG